AUGGAUCAAACCAAGAAGUUGUAUAUCGCGAUCACGGUCCUUUUGUAUCAUUUCUGCGUCAACAUCAAAUCGGGAUGCGCAGCCGCGGACAUUUGCAAGAAACUACAAAACAUAGAAAUGGCAAUGAUAGUAAAGCUGUGUGAGAAACUGAAAUCUACGGAAUUGACGAUUGCGAAUGUCGAAUCCGCGAUAAAAGACGCCUAUGAAGCAACGUAUGGGCUACUAAUAAAUCAUGAACCUGUUGUAAUAGCAUAUGAAAGAAAACCUGAAUCAUCAGCCCAAGACAUUAAAACAACAUCCAUUAAAGCAGCACCUGAAGACGAUUCAGAAGUAAAAAAACAAACUCUUAGAAGAUCAUCCACAUGUGAUUUCAAAAGUUUUAAGUCACCUUGCAUUCGUAGAAAAUUACCAUAUUCCAAAUCUUCUAUUGAGCUUUUCGAGGUAUCAGAUUACGCUGUUGCAUUGGAAUAUGACCCUUAUAUUCCACAAAAGGACGUGCAAAUUUUUGAAGUAGAUAGUCUAGAAUCGACUGAUAAGGAUAAAGAAGUUCGUUCAGAUAUUGGCUCUUCGGGUGCUUACUCGGGAGAGGACAUUCUAGAACUUGACGUACUCGAGGACUCGGUAACACCGUGCCAACCAAAUUGCACUUGCACUCGGUGCUCCAGUAUUGGUCCCACUUGCGGUGAUCCGGGAUAUUCCAUGGAUAAAUGUGACACUAAGCAACCUACUCACGGACUCUCAAAGAAUAAUUUGGACUCGGGGCCGGAACGUCCCAGUAGUAAAUUGAAACUAUACUGUGCACUUGCUGGCAUGAUACUAUUGGCUGUUUUGAUUGUACUGCUUUGCAGUAUGCCACUCUGGGAUUGGAGCGCACCAACAUCAGAGGAAACUUUGAAUGACCUUAAAACAACAGAUUCAUUAAAAUUGAAGAGAUUGGCCAAACAAAAUAGAUCAUCAUCCGUCGAGUGGCAAUGGCAGUGCAGAAACCAAUUCUGUCUCAAAACGCGCGUAUAUACAAAUGUUACCAUGCACACUUCCCUUAGUCGUUGUACACUUUUAUGCAUGGGACCGCAGCUGUGGCCCCAUCCAAUUGGUUACACCCACUUCAGCAAAACAAUCGUAGCUCUGACUAUGACAAAUUUAGAGUACAAAUUCCAAUCAGUCCCUUCCGAAGUUGUCCAUCACUACCUAGCUGAAGCUUUUAAUCUGUUUCUGAAAAGUUUAUCCAUGUUGGAGAAAAUGGAUAAGAAAUACAGAAAUGAAACUGAAGAAACCGAUCUACCUAUUAAAAGAAUUAGCAUUCAAAUGGAAGUUGAGACCGAUCCAGAUCCUAGAAUAAGAUUGAACACUGAAGAAGCAUAUAUGCUCAAAUUUGAAACUGUAGGUGGCCGCGUUAACAUCAAAGUAACCAGCGCUUCUUUCUGUGGAGUUAGACACGGCCUAGAGACAUUAAGCCAGUUGAUUCUCCUGGAUCAGGCGUCGGGCUAUCUGAUAUCAUUGUCAGAAAUAACAAUAAAAGAUGCUCCAAGUUACAGAUACAGAGGUUUGAUGUUGGACACUGGAAGAAACUAUAUACCAGUGUCAGACAUAAUGAGAACUAUAGACGCAAUGGCAUCAUGUAAACUGAACACGUUUCAUUGGAGAAUUUCCAGUGAUACUAGUUUUCCAUUGCAGCUGGCCAAACUACCAUUAUUGUUCGAAUAUGGUGCAUAUGAUAGAACAAUGGUUUACACAAAAGAUAAUGUGCAAGCAGUAGUAAGAAAAGCAGGGCUACGUGGCAUUAGAGUUCUUAUAGAAGUGACUGCACCAGGACCAGUUGGAAGGCCUUGGUCUUGGCUGCCGGAAGCCACUUGUCCAAAGAAAACUGAUAAUUAUACCUGCGAUAAUAUUCUUUGCAUGAGGCUCCUUAUGGAGAGUUCAGUUUUUGAUAAAUUACAAAUACUUUAUUCGGAAAUUCUAGAAAUGACUGGAGUUGACGAUAUUUUCCAUCUCAGUGAUGGAAUGUUCUCAAUGACGAAUUGUUAUCAACUUAUAAACGACAGAGAUGGGUUUUUGGACAAGGCUUUAGAGCGCCUCAAGAUGGCUAAUAAAGGAUUCUCACCUAAGUUGCCUAUUAUUUGGUAUACGCCCCAUUUAAUGAAGGAUUUUGAGGCAAAAACUUGGGAAAGGCUCGGAGUGCAACUGAACGAUUUGGAUCCAAAUCCUGGUGAACAGUAUAUGGGCAAAUUUAGAGUGAUCCAUUCAACAAAAUGGGAUUUGUCUUGUGAGAUUAGAAAACAGAGAUGUAUUAAGUACAGGUACCUCUAA